GGUUUUGGAGUUGGUUCUACACAGAAGUGUCAAUGCUAUCAUUCCAGUCAGUGUAUGAUGUUGUCUUCAGCCUAUUCUGUAUGAUUAUGCGAAGAAGUUUCAGAAAGACGACGGGAGGACCGCCGUGACGACAUAACAAACUACUUGUACAAUACGACGAAUACUAGCAUCGCACUUUCACCAACACCAUGCAAGACUCCUCUUCCUUCUGCUGCUGUCCGGGGCUGUCCCGGGGCCGCGCUUCCCUCCAGAAAUCGAAGAAGAAGAUGCCCGGAAUUUCCUCCCUGGCCGUGUCCACCGUGGACAUUACGGAUGAUCACAAAGAAACACAUCAAGGCGAACUCCUGCAGAACCAGAACCAAAAAGACCACGCUUACAAUUCCCGCCUCACGGAAACCAGAGAGUUCAUUCCCGCGGUAGUUACGAAUAAGCAGAACUUCAACCAGGAGCGGCCUUCCGCUCUGGGGAACCUGGACGAUUACACGCACGAGUACAACCCGAAAGUGCAGGAGCAGUGGCGGUUGCUGGCUUUAACCGUGGCGGCGAGUUUACUGACUUUAGAGGGUACGAUCGAGGACAAGCAGAAGGAAGAGCAGGGUGUCAUACUCCUCGGGAAUAAAACGAAACAGAACAAGAAAAUUGCGUCCACGCAAGACAUUUUCUUUGAGGACGCGGGGGAGAAAAAAUCCUCAAAAUCGAAAACGGGGGCGGAACAAAAGAAGUGGUCAAACAAGGGCGUAGAACAAGAUGAACAACUACCGGUGUUGCGAGAAGCAGGGAAGGCGGUUCGGCCGUUAGGAGGGAUGAAACGGGAUGAAGGAAUUGAAGAUGAAUAUAGUACAACAAGAUUCGACGCUUCAGCGGCGCGGAGAAGCCAGCAGGAG